CUUGAUUCCCCCCAAAAGACCAGUGUAUAACAGAAUAAGCAUUCAUUUUAAGCGGAACACAGACCACUAAAAAGGGAAGUUUUUUUCCUGUUUAGGAAGAGGAGGCGGUAGCGGACUAAAAUGCAGCACAUGGGGGUGGGGUAUGAUAAAAGUUCGUCGUCUUAUUUCUAGUCGAUUUCCUGCGUUUUAAUGGAGAAUCAGCCGAUAAUGAACCACCAAAACCCAAAUUAUGGAGUGGCCAACCCCGGGUACCUCCCGGCAGCAGAAGGUGGGGCAGCUAUGUUCGCCCCACCCGCAGCAGACUUCCAGGGCCCCAGUGCUCCUCCGGCCAGUAUGUUUGACAGCGUGCCUGGCUAUGAAGGAACAGUGGCGGGAGGAGGAGGUGGAUUUCUACCUCCUCCAAUGCCUGCUUACCCAGUUCCUCAGCCUGAACCUGGACCUCACCAACCACAUUGGAAUAUCCCGUCUAUCAGCGAGGACACUGCCCGGGAUGCGUUUGUCCUGUUUGCCUCCAGCAAAUGCUGCUACAGUGCAGCACCAGCAAAGGAUGGUGUGAUCACCAGUAUGGAUGCAUUUAAUACUUACAGGUACCGCCUGGAAACCUUCACUGAAUCACGAUCUACAGAGUGGAAGCAGGAUCCAUACCAUGGCCAGCCUGUGGAUGCCUUUGCCCAACCUCCACCAGGGCCGUGGGAUAUUCCUGCAAAAUCCCCCACCUUUUUUGUGGAUGACAAGCAGGUUAUAAAGGUUCCCAACACAUCCUCUUUGAAGGGCUGCCAUGCUUGUGUGGGAAUGGGGAGAAAACCUUGCAAAGACUGUGUUGGUGCUGGAAAUAAAGUUUGUUGGGUCUGCAAUGGAUCCGGUUUCCGCCACGGAGAUGAUCGAUGCGACCGCUGCAGUGGCAGAGGGAGGGAAAAUUGCAGCCACUGUCACGGGCAAGGAUCGAAGCAAUGUGACACAUGUCAUGGAAAACAACAGCUUCUGGUCUACAUCAACGUCACUGUGAAAUGGACCAACAACACUGAUAACUAUGUUGUGGAACAGUCAAGUGGACUGCAGUUGGACAACCUGAGCAAUGUGUCUGGCAAGGAGCUUUUCAAAGACACUCAGUACAUGGUUUACCCAGUGACCGGCCUUCCAGAUGUUACAGUGGUGAAUGCUGCACAGCGCCUCGUCAGAGAACACCAGAACAAGUUCUGCCAGAACUCACGUAUUCUACAACAGCGUCAGACCAUAGAGCUGAUCCCCGUCACCAAAGUGACCUACUCAUGGAAAGGGAAAUCGCACGUUUACUUUGUGUACGGAAAUGAGUUCAGAGUCAGUGCAGAUAAUUAUCCUGCUACCUGUUGCUGUACUGUCAUGUAAUUGAAAUGCUUUCAUACAAAGGUAAUUCAAUUCCAGAUCAUUGGCUGUCAAAAUUAAGCAGUUUUACUACUAGUCACUUUUACUGAUUAAUGGGAGGUUCCCUGACAUGUAGGCAUAUAAGUCAUUUUUUAAGUUUAUCUAAGAAGAGGUCAACAAGCCAUUUAAGCAAGGAUGCCAUUUAAGUCAGAGGAACUAAUGAAAUCCAUUCAAUAAGUGAUCUUAUACGCCAAGCAGACAGUGAAUUUUCCUUUGAGCCGCUACAACAUUAGUAAGUAAGUAAGUAAGUAAAGUUUAUUUGUAUAGAACCAUUCACAGAUACACAUCACAAAGUGCUUUACAUUAAAACAAGUACACAAUUAAUCAAAAUAAAAUAGCAGAGAACAGUAAUAAGCGCAGGGGAGAACAGAUAAAAUCAUAACAAUAAAACUAAUAAGCACAGUGAUGCAUAAGAAUCAAAUGUUACUGAGAAAUAAAAGCAGAAUAAUCAAUUAUAACUAAGUUAAACUAAUAAUAAUAAUAAUAUCAUUGUUAUUAUUGUAUGCCAUGUAUCAAUCAAUUGUUAUCUGUAUAGCACCAAUUCAUAACAAGUAUUAUCUUGAGAUGCUUUAUGGGAUAAUAUGCAGGCAGGAUUUCUCCUUUGUGUGCAUGACCUAAUAAAGAAAAUGCUUAUUGAUAACAUGUAAAAAUUAGUAAAUGAUACACUCUUUACACAUUUAUGUCAGUAAUGUUGUCGUUUCCAUCAUAAAUCAAAAUGUUUUAUACUGAAUAUUUUUUGCAUUAUUAAACUAUUAGUAACAUGUGUAACGUGA